CCAGCAGGACGCGCAGGCGCAGAAGCUGCAGUCCCGGGGGUGUCACGGUCCGGAGAGGCGCGGAGAGGGGCGGUCGCCUUCUGGCCCUAACCUCGCCCCGUUGCUUCCGCUGGCUGGAGUUACGACCGCUUUCGCCGGGUCCAGCCUCGGUGCCUGGGGCGUCACGGGACGUUGGGCGUUGGUUGCUGCGGACCGUCCCAGAGCCUGACGCCUCAAGGUUUGGGGGAGGACGAACUAGUUGCUAGCCUUAAGACUGAAAAACGAUAAAUUUAAAAGAAAAAAAAAGGCUUCACAACGUGCGUAGAAAACUCACCUGUCGGUACUGGACCCAGAAUCCUGUGUGAUGUCAACCGUCUAGAGCUGUUCACUUCAGUGCUGGGGACAGAACCCAGGACAUCAUACAUGUAAGGCUGCUGUGACAACUUGGUGGCCCCACCAUGUCCAGGCCUCAGACCCAGGAGCAGGCAGUGGACUCCGAGGGAGACUCAUCCUUACACAGGAGAGACGAGGAGGGGCCUCAGAGCUCCCACCGCAUGCUGGGCUUCAGCGAUGCACUGCUCUCCAUCAUUGCCACUGUCAUGAUCCUGCCUGUGACCCACACAGAGAUCUCACCAGAACAGCAAUUUGACAAAAGUAUACAGAAACUUCUAGCAACUAGGAUUGCUGUCUACCUGAUGACAUUUCUAAUUGUAACUGUGGCGUGGGCAGCACAUACCAGAUUGUUCCAGGUUGUUGGGAAAAUAGAUGAUACACUUGCCUUGCUUAACCUGGCCUGCAUGAUGACCAUCACCCUUCUACCCUACACAUUUUCUCUAAUGGUGACGUUUCCUGAUGUGCCCCUGGGCAUCUUCCUGUUCUGCAUGUGUGUGAUUGCCAUUGGAUCUGUGCAGGCACUGAUCGUGGGGUAUGCUUUCCACUUCCCAUACCUGCUGAGUCCUCAGAUCCAGCACUCUGCACACAGGGCCCAGUCCCGACGGCACAUCCUGCUCCUAGUCCUCCGUGGCCCAGCUCUGUGUUUUGUUGCAGCUAUCUUUUCUCUCUUCUUCUUCCCCUUGUCAUAUGUCCUGAUGGUGACUGUCAUCUUCCUUCCUCAUAUCAGCAAGGCUACCACCUGGUGCAAAGACAAGCUCACGGGCCACAGGGAGUCUCCAGCUCACAAUGUGGAGCCCUUCAGUAUUGAUCUGCACGCACCUCUCAGCAAAGAGCGGGUGGAAGCUUUCAGUGACGGUGUCUAUGCUAUCGUGGCCACACUCCUCAUCCUGGACAUCUGUGAGGACAACGUUCCGGAUCCCAAGGAUGUCCAAGAGAAAUUCAGUGGCAGCCUUGUGACUGCCCUGGGUGCAUAUGGGCCACAAUUCCUGGCAUACUUUGGCUCCUUCGCCACAGUGGGUCUGCUCUGGUUUGCCCAUCAUUCACUCUUCCUGCAUGUCCGGAAGGCUACACAGACCAUGGGGUUACUCAACAUACUGUCACUGGCCUUUGUGGGUGGCCUCCCUCUGGCCUACCAACAGACCUCAGCUUUUGCCCGACAACCCCAUGAUGAACUUGAGCGUGUGCGUGUCAGCUGCGCCAUCAUCUUCUUUGCCAGUAUCUUCCAGUUUGCCAUCUGGACUGCAGCCCUGCUGCAUCAGACAGAAACACUGCAGCCAGCUGUGCGAUUUGGUGGGCAGGAGCAUGCUUUCAUGUUUGCCAAGCUUGCACUGUACCCCUGUGCCAGCCUGUUGGCCUUUGCUGCCACCUGCCUGCUGAGCCGGUUCAGCACAGCCAUCUUCCACCUCAUGCAGAUUGCAGUGCCCUUUGCCUUCCUACUGCUCCGUCUCCUUGUGCGCCUUGCCCUGGCAGGCCUUCAAGCCCUGUGGGACCUCCGGCCAGAGCACCCUCAGUCAGGCCAGGGUGAACCUGAGGCACAGUCUCAGCUCUUGCCUGCCCCCUGCUAAUGCCAAGGAAGCUACGUCUGCCCGUUCCAGGCGUACUGUAAGGGGUUCUAUGAAGAUGGCUCGGUAGAAGUUUGUGACCUUGGGGCUGUGGUUUUAUUGGCUUGAGUAUUGUGUACAUUGUGAAAUAUCAAGAUCUAUUUUCAAGAUUA